AUGGGCAACGAACCCUCAAGUCAUUAUCAGGCAGAGGAGGAUGAGAGCACCGUCUUUAUCUCCAAGGAGGAUGAUGUUUACAGGAUACCUGCUCUUUUUUAUGACAGUGAUAGGAAAAUCCUGUUGGCCUUUGCAGAGAAGAGGAAGACCUCAAAUGAUGCCAGCGCGGUGGCCCUGGUUAUGAAGACAGGGACGCUGAUCGAGGAUAAAACCACCCAAACAGUGACCACAAAGGUAAUUAAAGUCUUAUUGGCGCCCUCUUGCAGUAUUACUUCCAAACUCAGCACUUCCAUUUCUUCUUUUUUUUAGUGGUCAGAGCUCAAACUGGUGAAGGAAGCACAUCUUGAUGGACACCGCCCUAUGAACCCCUGUCCACUGUACGACAAAAACAGCAAAACACUCUUCCUCUUCUUUAUCUGCAUCGAAGGCACUGUUUCAGAGCUGUUCCAGAUAUGCUGCAACCAAAACAAAGCCCGUCUCUGCUACAUAACAUCGAAGGAUGGCGCUCAAAGUUGGAGUGAAGUGACUGAUCUGACUGAUCGCCUGGAUGAAAUCAAGAGCUGGGCCACGUUUGCUGUGGGUCCAGGUCAUGGUAUUCAGACAGAGGGUAAUAGACUGAUUGUCCCAGUGUAUGGGUACGCCUCAUGCUCUCCCUCAUGCUGCUGUUUCAUAAAAUUCUACUGUUGUACCCCAUAUGCGCUCUAUCUGUACAGUGACGAUGAAGGUAAAACAUGGAAGUUUAGCAGCAGGAUUCAGAAAGUAUCUCUUGAAUGUGAGAUGGCAGAGGUGACUGAUGACUCGGGUUUUAAAUCCAUCUACUGUAACGCCCGCAGUAAAGGAGGCCACCGAGUGGAGGCUGUUGAUAAAAAUGACGGAACUGGCUUUGUGACUCUCCCAACUACUGACAAACUCGUAGAAACAGGUGGAGGCUGUCAGGGGAGUGUGGUGUCCUUUCCAGCUCAGAGUGAGGCUGCUCGUGCAGACAGUGAUCAGAGCCAGAACCCAAACAGGUGGCUGCUCUUUACCCACCCAAGCAGUAAGACCAAACGCACUGAUUUAGCGGUGUAUUUGAACAAAACUCCAAGUGACCCAAAUGCAUGGAGCGAGCCCUGGAUCAUAAACAGAGGACCCAGUGCUUACUCAGACCUGGCUUACAUUGGUGACGGAUGGUUUGCCUGUCUGAUGGAGCGCGGGCAGCAGAGUGAGAUUGAACAGAUAGCUUGCAAGGUUUUCAGCUACAGUGAUGCUGAGCAGGGAACCGGACAGUGA